GUCCCGAGACAUCAGCGUCUGUCUUCUGUGAGCAGGUGCUGGAGAGGACCGGAAGUAACUGUUGACAGUUUUGGUGCAGUGAGGCGCAGCGGAGGGGGCAGAGAGGCGAGCGCAUGAGGAGAGGGCGUCCAAAGACCCCCGUCUCCACACACACGUUCACGGAGUCGCCGUGACUAGCAUCCCUCCAGACGCCAUGAGGUCAAUCCGGUCGUUCGGGAAUGAUGACCGUCACGUCAUGGCCAAGCACUCCACCAUCUACCCCUCCUCUGAGGAGCUGGAAGCGGUACAGAGCCUCGUCUCCACAGUGGAGUGUGCCCUUAAACACGUGUCUGAUUUGUUGGACCAAUCUCAAACCAGCCAAUCAAAUUCAUCCAGCACGCAGGAGGAGGAGACUGAGAACAGCGCUGAUGAAUCGCCAGAAGGCAGCACAAACGAGGACAGCAGCUGUAGUAAUGGACCCACCGGUGGGGGGGGUUUAUGUGGAGUGAUGAGAAUCGGUCUGGUGGCCAAAGGACUCCUGAUUAAAGGCGACAUGGACCUGGAGCUGGUGCUCAUGUGCCGAGAGAAGCCCACCGAGACGCUGCUGCGUACUGUCUGUGACAACCUGCUGCCGCAGAUCGAGAAGUUGACAGAGGAGAAAUACGAGGUACAGAGCUGCAUUCCUGAGGCGGCCAUCUUGGUGUGCACAGCGAUAGAACCCAAAUUCACGCUGAAGGUGACACUCGCCUCCCCAAAGAUGAGAGAUGAUGAAGAGACGGAUGAACAAGAGAGCGUUGAGUCGAGCGAGCCGGCGGACCUGUUGGAUAGACAGAGGUGCCUGGUGGCGUUGGCCUCUCUGCGACAUGCCAAAUGGUUCCAGGCUAGAGUUAACGGCUUAAAAUCGUGUGUGAUUGUCCUGCGAAUACUGAGAGACAUGUGCAAUAGAGUCCCGGCGUGGGAACCACUGAAAGGAUGGCCUUUGGAGUUAAUAUGUGAGAAGGCCAUCGCCACGUGUAACAGGCCUUUGGGGGCAGGUGAGGCUCUGCGCCGGGUCAUGGAGUGUCUCGCCUCGGGCAUUCUGCUUCCAGGAGGAUCUGGUCUACAUGAUCCUUGUGAGAAAGAACCAUUGGACACACUCUCGGCCAUGACAGAUGAGGAGUCAGAGGCCAUCACAUACAAUGCUCAGAAUGCAUUACGGCUGAUGGCUUUUGGGCAGAUCUAUAAAGUCUUAGAAAUGGAUCCACUACCUUCAAGUAAACCCUCACAGAAGUUCCCCUGGUCAGAUAAAGAUGGUCUGGGAUUGAAGAGGCCUUAUGAAGACGGUCUGUUCGACGACAAAGACCUCAUCAAGAAGAUGAAACGCAACCUCAGAAAAGCAGUUCUUGACAGCAAAGCAAUAGACUCAAACCAGCCCAUGAACGCUCUGAUGCGGUUGAACCAGAUCCGGCCGGGGCUGCAGUAUAAACUGUUGUCUCAGUCAGGUCCGGUUCAUGCCCCUGUCUUCACCAUGUCUGUAGACGUGGACGGCACCGUUUAUGAGGUCGGCUCUUCGAAGAAGACCGCCAAGCUGCACGUGGCUGUCAAGGUGCUUCAGGCGAUGGGAUACCCCACGGGCUUCGACACAGACCUGGACUCCAUGAGUGCAGAUGAGAAGUCAGACGGGGAAGGGAAAAGCGAAGCAACCACACAUUUAAGCAAUAACACAUCACACUCCUCAGACAACUCCAACACACUGGAGGUGCGAACUCAGGGUCCUAUUCUGACGGCCAGCGGCAAAAACCCUGUGAUGGAGCUCAAUGAAAAACGCAGAGGCCUCAAGUACGAGCUCAUCUCAGAGAGCGGAGGAAGUCACGACAAACGCUUUGUCAUGGAGGUGGAGGUUGAUGGACAGAAGUUCCGUGGCGCAGGGCCCAAUAAAAAAGUAGCCAAAGCCAGCGCUGCUCUCGCCGCUCUAGAGAAACUCUUCUCUGGGCCGAAUGCUGCUGGCAACAAGAAGAAAAAAAUCAUCCCUCAGUCUAAAGGGGCAUUAGCUGCAGCUGCUGCAGUGUCUGCGGUUGCGGCUCAGGCAGCGCGGGGGAGGGGACGUCCCGCCCUCACGCGAGGAGCAUUCGUCAGUGCCGCUGCACCAGGAUACGUCACGCCAGGCUUCGGAACGCCCUACGGGUACAGUGCAGCGGCUGCUGCUCCCGCAUACGGUUUGCCCAAGAGAAUGCUUCUGUUGCCCAUCAUGAAAAUGCCCGCCUACCCCGUCCCCCACUACUACUCCUUUUAGCUCAGGAGCCUGUCUACACACACACAUACACACGCACGCACAGCUUCAGAUGACAUCAGAAGGGGUGGUCAGGUAGCACAGCCCUAUCAAAUGCAGGGAUAGCUAUAAGGGUGUCUGUCAAGUGCUUUUAUUUCCUCAUUAUCACUUUUUUGUUCUUACUGUUCUCUGAUUUUAAUAGGAAAUGCAGGUUUUACAUUCUUCAGAUAGAAAACUUGAAGGAUUUGUACUGUGAAUUGUUACCUCAUUCUUGGAAACUUAAAUUAUUUCAGCCUUUUUUUGUUACCAUGGUUGUAAUUUUUUCUCUGUAGAAUGGGAAGAGGUUUUGUUUUGACACAGGCGUAAUCUAUGUACGGAUAUCAGGAGUUGUUUAAGAUGUAUAGAGCUAAGACAAACUACUGCUGACAAAUAAACCUUAUCUUCAUGAACUGCCAAGAACUGACUGGUGUAUGUUUGACACUGCUUGGGUCGGCGACGUGGCGUUUCCGCAUUCUAUAAUUUAGUACUGAAAAUAGCAGUUAAGAAUUAACAUUUCAUGUUUGUUUUAUGAAUGUUUCGGGCUCUAAAUCAUUCUUUUCGUGGUUUUACUUGGUUGAAUUUAAGGUUAUAUUAUGGAAUUUUCGUUGGUAUGGAAUCGUCUUUAUGGAUGAUUCCAGCAGUAACAACGUAAACUUUAUGCGUUCCCAAACUUAACUUCUGUUAGACUUCUGCAAAGAAUCAAUAACUGUUAAGUCUUUUUUAGUGAAUUUAACACAAUUAAAGAUUCAUUAAAUAUAAUUUUAAGUGUUUUAUAUAACUAGAUAGAACGAUAGCCAAACACAGACCGGAAGGACACGCUCCAUGGGCCAGGCCGUAUAUAGUAUCUUUAAAUUUGUGCAAUUUAAAGUUAACGUAAGUUGUAAAACAUUAAAUAUUACUUUGAGCAGACAGAUUUAGUGGUCACAGGACUUGUGACUAUUCUGUCCGAGCAUCGGAUGAGUUGAAAUGAUUUUCUGGGGCACGCGUCAGUAUGGCAAUAGUGAUUUAGAACCCAAAACAUUUCUUUAAUUCUCUCAUUACAGCUUGUUUUAAAUGUAGCCCAAUCUUUGGAAAAAUCUUUUAGUGUUUAGUGACCUUUACAUCAUCCAUAGAUCUUUACAUUUUGUUGUCCCAAGAAAUGGUAACUUCAUUAAAACUCAAAGCUAGUCAGGCUAUAGCUUCUUUCUUUGUUGUUCUGCUAGAAGGUCAGUAGAGUUAAAAUCUCAAGGAGAGACACACACAUUACACGACUCAAACAUGGUCCCUCACACGGACACACACCGGAGCCUCCAGUCACAGCCUUACAACGGAGAAUCGAAAGCAGCAACAAGGGAUCCAUGGAGACAUGCUACUGAUAUGUCUUUUUGUUUGUUUGUUUUUACUUAUUGAUGAGUGUACAAUUGUGUGUGAGAUGUUAUUUCAUACUCCUCCAAAGGCCAGCACAAGCAAAUUCAUAUUAAGGCCAGUUGCAAAUAGCCUGGUAAUCUUCCAGAUACCUCCAAAGAUGACCCCACUUAAUUUUGACUGCCUUACACGUUACUUAAAGGUUUGUCCUUGUUUUUACGCUUCUUGAGCUAAAGUUGAUUAAAAUGCGUUUUAAAAUUGACCACAAGACUUCUUGUCUGGUUUUUUUAGCAGUGCUUGUGCUGGCUUAUGGCUGGGUCAUGAUCAUCGCUUACCAAAGAGGAAUACAACCGCCAUGGUUACAUGAGUGGUCACGAUUUUCCCAUUCAUUGUUAACGGACUCACCCCACCCAUUCCUCAUGGCCAUCCUCAAGUGUCCACUCUCAACCGAUGGCCUGUCCUCUUUGGUAGUGAUUAUUGCUGUCAUUGUACUAUACUCUCUCGAAAAUCACAACAGACCUGAUUUGUCAGAGUUAUGUACUAACUACAUCUGUACGGAAACUUCAAAGUUGCCGCAUACGUUUCACAUUUCCUCUGCCUUUUAUAUCGAAUGAACAAUCUCAGAGUUAUUUCCAUUUGAAUAGUUUUUUCCCUGUAUGAUUUUUUUCUUUUUGUCGGAAAGUGAUAAACGUGCAGCUUAAGUUGUUGAUGUUUUUUAUUAACCUGAAACGCUCCCAGUGCAAUGAAAACUCCACGUACAGCCUGAAAGAGCAGAGGCCCUAGUAUCCACCCCUGCGGCACACCCCAACUCCAUUUACCUUCAUCAGAAUGUAUUCCCCUGCCUCCUCCGGGCCGCACCAUUAAUCGCAGCUUUCUCUGCUC